CCGGCCCUUGCCGCCCGCUGGCGGCCGCGGGCGCCCGGCCCGCGCGCGGGCGCCCCGCGGCCCGCGGCGCAGCCGCCGAGGUGUGCCACAGCCUCGCGCCGCGGCGUGGCGUCGCUGGACAUGCGCAUCGCCCACCGAGCGGCCGGGGGCGGCGGCGUGCUGCCAACCGAGCGCCUGGGGGCGCUGAGGCGCCUGCUCCGCGAGCGCGGCGACCCCACAGCGGCUCCGUCGUGCGCGCUAUCGAGGUGCACAGCGGCCUCUGUGGCCUGAUCGCGGAGCACGCGGUGGCCGCGCGCGCGGACGGCCGCGAGGUGGGCUUCGACGCGAUGUGGUCGAGCAGUCUCACCAGCUCGUCCAUCAAGGGGAAGCCCGACAUCGAGACGGUGGACACCUCGGCGCGGCUGGGCAUCGUGCAGGAUGCUCUAGAGGUGUCCACCAAGCCGAUGAUCUAUGACGGCGACACUGGCGGGCUGCCCGAGAUCUUCCACUUCACCGUGCGCACCCUGGAGCGGCUCGGUGUCUCAGCCGUGAUCAUCGAGGACAAGGCGGGGCUGAAGCAGAACAGCCUGUUCGGCACCGAGAGGAAGCAGCAGCUGGAAGAUGUGGACAAGUUCUGCGCGAAGAUCAGGGCGGGCCAGGCAGCCAAGCGGUCGGGCGACUUCAUGAUCAUCUCCCGGCUGGAGGCCAUGAUCGCCGGCUGGGGGGUGGACGAGGCUCUGAGAAGAGCGAAGGCCUACAUAGAGGCGGGCACCGAUGGGAUCAUGGUCCACUCCAAGGAGAAGUCGCCCGACGAGGUGAUGCUCUUCAUGGAGCGCUACGCUCAGUUCGAGAAAAAGGUGCCCGUCGUCACGGUGCCCACAACGUACAACGCCACGACGGAGGACGAGCUGUAUGCCGCGGGCGCGCACGUCUGCAUCUACGCCAACCAGCUGCUGCGGGCGUCGUACCCAGCCAUGCUCCGCGUGGCCGAGUCCAUCCUCGCCCACGGCCGCUCCAAGGAGGCGGACAGCUCGCUGCUCCCGGUCAAGGAGAUCUUGACGCUCAUCGACGACAACGUCAGCGGCAGUGUUGCCACGAAGAAGGUCGCGAAGAGGGCGGCCGGGCCGCCCAGCACCGCGGCGGCGGCGCCCGCGCGACCCGAGGAGGCGGCGCCCCGGCUGGAGCUGCAGCCGCUCGAGCCGGCGCGGUUGCUGAGCGAGCUGCGGGGGCGCGGCGUGGACUGCUUCGCGGGGGUGCCGGACUCGCAGCUGAAGGACUUCUUGAGCUGCCUGGAGGACGAGGCCGCCGCCAGCGAUACGCUGAACCACGUCAUCACGCCCAACGAGGGGUCGGCGAUCGCACUGGCAGCCGGGCACCACCUGGCAACAGGCGGCUUGCCUCUGGUGUACAUGCAGAAUUCAGGGUUGGGCAACGCCGUCAAUCCGCUGACGAGCCUCGCCGACCCGCUGGUCUACAGCAUCCCGAUGCUGCUCCUCGUCGGCUGGAGAGGCGAGCCCGGCGAGAAGGACGAGCCGCAGCACCUGUUCAUGGGCAAGGCCACGCCGAAGCUGCUCGACGAGCUGGGCAUCCCGCACAGGUCGCUGCCCCGCGACCCGGUGGGCAUGGCGGCCGCGCUGGACGAGGCCACCAGGAGCGCCCGGGAUCGAUCUGCGCCCUUCGCCCUGCUGGUCAAGAAGGGCACCUUCAAGAAGCACGCCCCGCGGCGGCCAGUGGCGGGCGAGGGCCUGCUGCUGCGGGAGGAGAUCAUACGGGCGGCGCUCCCGCUACUCGGGCCCGAGGACGCCGUGGUGGGCACCACAGGCUACACGUCGCGCGAGCUAUUCGAGCACCGCGAGGCCUGCCGCCAGGACCACUCCCGCGACUUCCUCACCGUGGGCUGCAUGGGCCACGCCUCGGCCAUCGCCUUGGGCGUGGCGCGCGCCCAGCCAGCGAGGCGGCUAGUGUGCUUCGACGGCGACGGGGCCGUGCUCAUGCACAUGGGCAACCUGGCCGCGGUCGCCGCGAGCGGCUGCAGCAACUUCAAGCACGUGGUGGUGAACAACGCGGCGCACGACUCCGUCGGGUCGCAGCCGACGGGGAUGGAGGGCGUCGACGUGGUUGGACUCGCCAGGGCGCUGGGCUACAGGUGGGCAGCGCGCGCCGCUUCCGCCAGCGAGCUUGCGCUCAUGUUCUCCCAGCUGCUGGAGGCAGAUGGGCCGGCGCUGCUAGAGGUGCGGUCGAGGCCCGGCGCGCGCAAGGACCUCGGGAGGCCGACCACCACGCCAGGGCAGAACAAGGAGGCCUUCAUGUCCUUUUUGCGCCGCAGGGCGCUAUGAACUGUGGAAGAGCAUGGUCGCCUUGGGCCUUGACAGCGGUGGUGCACGUCUUCCCAGUUUUCCGCUUCGGGGGGCGAUAUCGCUGGCCGUUUGGGCCUCGGGGGAUAUAUGCCCACGGUGCACUUCGCCUUGUCUCCCAGGCCACGGAUCACUGCCCAGGCUCACCUACGGCAGGUUGGCUCGUGCGGCGCUCCCGGCUUACCCGGCGGCCGUCUGUCUCAUGCUGUAGCGCCAGACGUGUUGUUGCGAGAUUCGGUGGCCGCGUUCUCUCUACAUCAACAUCACAUACUCGAGCUGAAUCGCCUUCAUCACGAGGUUGUCCCUGAGGAGUGUGGGCUCUGAGCCAGCCGGUGCAAGACGAUUUCUGUGUCGUGGAACAGGACAGAUGCCGAUGCGCGGCCGAGACUCCCGAGGCCCGAAGGAGUGAGUCGCAAUCACACCAAAGGGAAACACGUUUUCGGCUGGCGGUUUGAUUCCAGGCGUCGAGCAUUUUCAGCAGGCAUCGUGUGAUGGUUUUGUCGCGCGGGCGUUGUUGACGGAUGCCAUAUCACCGCCUUUGGCCUCCUCCCCACCUCCUUGUCGUCUAGCCAGCCCCUCCAGGGUUGACCGUCUCUUCGCCUCCGUCGCCUGUCCCUCCCCGUCCUCCUCGUGGCGCGGGAGAGAAACGAAUGUUUCCUCUCAAUCGGCGGGUCAUCUGGGGCUCUGGUUGAAGGCACUUUCGCAGGGCAGGGGCGCUGCGGCUGGCACGACACGCUGCCUCCGACGGCUGCUCUCUCUCUUUCUCUCUCUCUCUCUCUCUAGCCUCCUCCAGGCACGCGAGCGAACCGGCGCUUGGCCUCUCUGGGGCCAGCAUUUUGGGGGGCGAGCGUCGGUAGGAUAUGUAGAAACUUUCCCG